AUGUCCCCCUCGAUCCUCGGCCGGUUGAAUUGCCAGCAAAGCCCACGCCAGACUCCACGGCGCAUCCUCUCCUUCCCCCACCAAUCUACCUCGAACCUACCCUACCCCGGCGAAAGGCCACCAAGCCUUGGCUCCUACGACAUCAAAUUCUCGCUCCCCUCCGCCCUCUGCUUUCUACGCGCUCCCGUCGAAUUUCCUAUCCUCGCCCUCAUCAACCACCGCCGCCCUUCCCCCUCCGCGCUUCCCACCACACUCGCCAACCCUUUCAUCCGAUCGGGGAUGGGCCCCUUCUCCCGAUCGUCGCCAGAAGACAACUCGUCCUCCUCUAGCCGCUCCCUUUUCAACCGGUUCACCAUCCCUCUGCGAUCCGCCGUCAAACGUAACUCGGAAGACUUCUUUCACAUACGCGCCGACGAACCCCACCGCACCUACUCCUCCGGUGACCAUGUCCACGGAGCCGUAAUACUCGUCGUCACGAAACCCUUUCGCAUCACCCACCUCGUCGUCUCCCUCCAUGGUUUCGUCCGCGUCUGGAAGAGCCCCUCCGCCGUUUCCGACCGCCCCAUCCCCCCGGGCACGUCGCGGGAUCAGUUCCCCUCAAAGGGGUACGCGUCGCUUUUCCAGGAUGAACAAGUGCUCAGCGGCGAUGGGAGGCUAGAUGUCGGAAGAUAUGAGUUCAAGUUCGACUUGGUUUUUCCCGACAAGAUAGAUCUACCCAGCAGCAUCGACUUCGAGAGAGGCACCGUCUCGUAUAAUAUCGUGGCCACCCUAACACGGCCGACUACGAUCUCCCCGACUGUGCACUGCGACCGGAAGGUAUCGUUGGUUGAGAAGGUGGACGUUGGGCUUUUACCACCGCCCCGCCCGCGCAUCAUAUUUUUAGAGCCCAUCUCGAGAAAGACGCGACGGAAAAAGACAGCCAGUCGCAGCGACCGUGCGGUGCUGCAGAGAGAACCGACGAUCGAGCCCUUCUCUGAUGCAGACUCUGUUGAUCCCUCCAUACUAUCGGAAGAUGCUUCGCAAGAACCACAGCCGAUAGCUCCUCGAUUGAGCAACGAACACGCAGACACAAGAAGCAUUGUGAGUGGAGAUAGCAACUUUACCGGCAGCACAGGCCUAAGCUUGCCGGCCACCGAGGUUCUGUCGCAGACCUCGAGCCCGGCUAUAGCGAGGAGCGUGAGUCUCGCCAAGCUCCAGGCUGUCGACGCAAAGACGAUUACGACGACCAUCGAGCUACUCAAAAGCGGGUGUCUUCCUGGUGAUACAGUCUCUGUGAGGAUAACAGUGCAGCACAUCAAGCGCGUGAGGAGCAUGCAUGGCGUUAUUGUGACCCUGUACAGGCAGGGACGGAUAGACCCUACGGCACCAUCAACCACAAUCCCGAACUCGUCUAUCGCUAGCACCGGCUUUUCGUCGUCCGGGAGUGAUCGUCUGUCAAGAUCAAGGACAAGCCUUAGUCUGUCCCUCUCGAAUAAGUCUUCGCCGAGUGUUUACCGCAAAGACCUUUGUCAGUCCGUGGUGCCUCUCAUUAUCGACCCUGUAUCACUCAGCACAAACGUUACUGUGUCGGUAAAAGUGCCCGAGAAUUCGUUUCCGACGAUAAAGAACGUCCCCAACGACAUGAUCAGUUUUAGAUACCAUUUAGAAGUCGUUGUCGACCUCGGCGGGCGAUUGGAUGGUCAGUUUCAAAGCAGCGGAUCAUCGGCAACUAGAUUCGGGUCCAUCGGCACGGGUGGGAACUCUGCGAAUGGUGGGAAUUCGAUGUAUACUUCGUGGUCGACCAACAUUAUCAAUACGGAAAAUUUGCGACGCGAGAAGGGCGUGAUAUACGAUGGGUUGGAGAUCAUCGUGGGAACCUUGGACAGCACCCGGUUACGAAGCAAGACGAAUUCACGGAGGGCAUUCCACCAUCCCAACGCUUCAUCUACAAGCCAGGAUGAUGGGUCUCUAUCUUUGAGGAAUGACGGGCAAAGCCCAAUGAGCGCCAACGGGGUUGACUAUCCAUCUCCGCGACUGCCGACAAAUAACAAUUAUAUGGGCACGCCGUCAUCACCGGUACCGGAAGGACAAUACGUCCAAGCUCCUAAUCACCCUCCCCCACCUAGCCCUCCACCUCCACAUAGCCCUCCCCCGCCUCACACCACCCAUCCUGACGGGCAGUCUGAACCCCCAACACCAGUAUACGUUCCGCCUCCGGUCGUCCCGGACGAGAGUAGCCUCACAGAAAAAGAAAGAGUACGUUUACAAGAGCAAAGGCUGUUGCCAAGCCAGCCGCCCGGUGAAUCGUCGGAACCCGGGCCCUCUGCGUCAGCGUCUGCUCCCUUAGAGGACAAUAUAUACGAUGCCGACGACGCGUGGGGUCCUUCUGCCCCCCCUCCUGGCGCGCUGCAGGACGCUGUUGAAGAUCCGCACGCUCCGUCUGCACCCACACUGGAUGAUGUCGAUCCAGAGGCUCAUGAUUCAAGUCAUCCGAGUCGACUGAGUCAACCAAGCCAACCAAGCCAACCCGGCGGUAGCAGUGAUAAACAGGAAUUGGAGCGUCAGCGGCUCCUCAACGAAGCGAGUGCGCCGCCCGACUUUCCCGAUGACUGCCAACCGUCCAGCAGUGGUUCGGCACCUGGACCCUCGACUGAUGAGCCGUCAGCGCCGGUCCUUGAGGAUGAGGAUGAGUAUGGGGCGCAUUAUUCGUAUAGUAAUGUAGCGGGGCCGUCUAACCAGGGACAUGGUAAUUCGGAGCCGCUGCCGCGGUAUGAGCGAUGA